AUGGCAUCCACUGAGCCACCCGGUCGUCUUCUCACGCAACUGGUGGACGAACAGGCUCAGUCUCGGCCUGGCGCUCUCUACUGCCUCCAUGCCGUCUCGCAAGACCCCAGCCAGGGGUGGCGUCCGAUCUCCAUCCAGCAGCUGGCCCAGGCCGUCAAUCGGCUGGCCUGGUGGCUGGACGACCGACUGGCCGGGAAGAAGAACCAGGUCCUGGCCGAGAGACCGCAGCUGCGACGUGCCCUCGACGAGCUGGAAACCAACUGCGCUGAUGUGCCGGUGGCGCGAUGGCCUAUGGCGGCUGUGUGGGAGGUGUUCUCCUCGGGCUCCGUCCAGCCCUAUCCGCACCGCGAGCACUUCGUUGACAUCGAGGAUCGCGCGGCCUUGAUCAUCCACAGCUCGGGCACCACCGGCCUGCCCAAGCCGGUGGUCGUCAGCCACGGAUACCUGGCCACCCUCGACCACAUGGCCUCCCUCCCAGUUCCUCCGGGCCGCCAGACCGCACAGCUCUUCCUGCGAUGCCAGGGCCAGCUGCGCUUGCUCCAUGGGCCCCUCUUCCAUUUCAUCGGUCUGGUCUGUCUUUCCGAGUGCAUCUUCUUCCAGACCCCAUUCCUGCUGCCCCCGGACCGCCCGUUGACUCCGGACCUGUUCGUGACCAUCAUGGCCAUGGACUCGCCGCCAGAGUGGGGGCUCGUCGCCCCCUACCUGCUGGAGGGCCUGGCGGCGUCCGAGCCCGGGCGACAAGCCCUAGCUCGUCUGUCGGCCCUGAACUACGGCGGGGCCCCCAUCGCCUCCACCACAGCCGAAACCGUCGCCUCGCUCCUUUCACUUCAGACCAUGAUGGGCAGCAGCGAGACGGGCUACACGCCGACCCUGCUGUGCGAGGACCCGGCUGACUGGGGGUACAUGGAGUGGAACCCGGCAUUCCAGCUGCGGAUGGAGGAGGUGGGCGAGGGUCUGUGGGAGCUGGUGCUCCCUCGCCCGGCCUCGCGUCACUACCACGCCAUCUUCCACACAUAUCCCCAUCUCACCGAGUAUCGCACGGGGGAUCUAUUCCGGCCGCAUCCCCACAAGCCCGGGCUGUGGCGCUACGACGGCCGUGGGGACGACAUUAUCGUCCUGAGCAAUGGGGAGAAGUUCAACCCGAUUGACGCGGAGAAACGGUUGGAGUCCCAUCCCCUCGUGGCGCACGCGGCCAUCUUCGGCCAAGACCGAUUCCAGGCUGCCUUGCUGGUCGAGCCUCAGUGGGAUGAGUUGCCUGCUGCGUGGACCCCCGACUCUCUGCGGCAGACCCUGGGCUCGCUGAUCGACCAGGCCAACUCGCUUCUUCCGGCGCAUGGUCAGAUCCUUCAGUCGCAUGUUGCAUUCAGCUCGAAUGAUCGCCCGUUUGCCCUGUCCCCCAAGGGUACUCUACGGCGUCGGGAGACGGCCGAGAUGUAUCACGCAGUCCUGGAUGGUCUGUACGCCCAGCCUCCUCGCAACCCUCUUUCAUCGCCCACUCCGGUCCAACCACCUGGAUCAAGCCUGGAGGCGAUCCAGCAUUGGGUCCAGCAAGUGGUGGCCGGGAUUCUGGACAGCAGUGCCGUCAGCCCUCACGACGAUAUCGUUGCCCUGGGGAUGGACUCGCUGCAGGUCGUCCGCCUCUCCCAGCGGCUUCAGGAUGCGGCCACGAGCCUUCAUCCAGCCCAGCAGCCUCUGUCCUGGACCAGCACCACCAUCUACGAGAUGGGUACCGUCCAGCGACUCGCCACCGGCCUGUACCAGCAUUUCCACCCCCAAACCCGACGAAGAUCCUGGACCCGCGACGACCAACUCACGCACACCAUCUGGCAGCACGCACGGUUCAUGCGCGGCUCGGGCCUCACCGUCGCCCUAACCGGCUCAACCGGCUCACUAGGAAGCUACCUGCUGCACCAACUCCUCCAGAGCCCGUUCAUCUCACAGAUCUACUGCCUCAAUCGAUCGCCCGACGCUGCCGAUCGACAAUCAUCCAGCUUCCACGAGAAACAGCUCGCCCAGGACUGGCUGACACGCGCCACACCCGUCCAAUUCUGGGAAGCGCAUCUGGAAGACGAGCACCUCGGGCUAUCCGCACACCGCUACCACACCCUACAACACACCAUGGACGUGCUCAUCCACAACGCCUGGCCCACUACCAGCACCCCCAUCCCGGAGACCCUGCAUCCCGCCACCAGGGUCCUGCCCCAGGGCUACGCGGAAUCGAAGUUCGUCGCCGAAGCCCUCUGCGGCAUCGCGGCCGAGAGCCAGCCCACCACCGCGCGAAUCGCCAUCCACCGCGUCGGCCAGCUGGGAGGGCCAUCCACCCCGGAAAAAGGCAUGUGGAAUCCCCGCGACUGGGUGCCUGCGUUGGUCCGCUCGUCGCAGACAAUGGGCUUGCUGCCGGAUAGUCUGGGGGGGUUGCGCGUCGAUUGGUUGCCUAUCGACAUCGCCGCCCAAGCCAUCGUCCAAAUCGUACACACCCAUAUGAAACCAUCCCUCCCCUCAACACCAGCAUCACCAACACCAAACCCCCUGACAAUCUACCACAUCACAAACCCCCACCCGCAGCCCUGGCGCGCACUAUCCCAACUCAUCGCGGAUACCAUCUCCGCGAAGAUCGUCCCGCUAGCCGAGUGGGUAGCGGAUUUGCGGGGGAGGGUAUCAGGAAAUGAGCUAGAGGAUCUCCCUGCCGCCCCACUGUUGGGAUUCUUCGCCGUGUUGGACGAGAGCGAGAAAUCGAGGCAGACACUAGGUGUGGUGGAGGUGGAGGUGGUAAAUGCGAGGAGAGAUAGUCGAGUGAUGCGGGAGGUCGGGGGUGUGGAUCGGGGGUUGGUGAGGACGUGGUUGGAGCAGUGGGUGGAGGGGGGGUGGAUUGUGAGAGGGAAUUAG